AUGGUAGAUAUAUGAAAAAAUUGGAGCGAAAAAGAGAAACAAGCAUUUUACCGAAUUUUUGAAAUAGAGCAAGAGCAUAAGGCUUUGCAAACCUUUUUUAGCCAAAUUAAAAAAGUAAAUCAUAUUCAGAAAUACAACAGAUCAUUAUCAGAAAAAUUAAAAAGCCUUUAUUAUCGAGGAUUAGUUUCUGUGAAAAGACUGCUUGACUCCUUAAAUAUACCUCUUACCUCUCUUCCAAAUCCUGAAUUUUUCGAAAAAAACGAGCUAAACUUCACGACAAUUGCCCUUUCCCAUUCUCAAUUAAAAUCUGAAAUUGAAGAUCUAUCAAACAAUCCCUCUGCAUUUUCGGUAAAUUUUAUUCAGAACUGCAUGCAAGUACUUGGUAUUUAUAUAAAAUCAAAGCUAAGACAGCCAGCAAAUACCAAAGGAAUUCCUCUUUUGCUUAAACAGACUGAAGGCGACAUAAUCUGCCACUUUUGUGGAAGGAUCAAAAGAAGAAGGACUGGGAGUAUAUUGACAAUGUAAGCAUUAUUUAGAGGGGUAUCAGACACCAUUGGAGUGCAGCUGCUUCCACUAAAUGCGUAUUACCAUAAAGCUCUUGUAAGAUGUGGGUUUACUCCAAGGCUUGAGAUUUAUAUGAGGUCUAGCAAAUUACUUGCUGAAAUUAUUGAGCAUUUGAACAAUAAGUGGCACCCUGAAAUAAUAGAAAAUUCGCCAAAGCAAGAAUUUACGGUCAGCUUAAUGGCUCCUUGGGAAGGAAAAUUCAUAGAAUACAACAAGAAUCAGGAAAAAAUUACAAUUGGUGACGUCCAUAUGAGCUUAGAAAGCCCAGCAUCAUGGCAUUUGUAUUACUACUGAAAGCCGGUGUCCAGCCAAAUCCAAGAAUCAAUGAACACUCAUUCAGAUCACUCCUUACUCUCUACCUCAAUGCUGAACUUAAUCGAAGAGAAAUCGAACUCAAUCCCUUUUUUAAGCUCUCAGAUGGUAGAAGACUCAAGGCCUUUUGGUUUAAGCAACUCCUUUCAGCUAGCUUUCAAUAACUGUGCUCAUGAGCCAUUCUCUAAAGGUGACAGUUUACAAGUUCCUGACUUAAGAUAUUCAGCACAAGAAAUCCAUCAUGAUCUAUCAUUAAGUGUAUUUAGAACUGAUGGAGACGAAAGCAUGUUUUCCAGCUGAUUUAAUAAUAAUCAUAAGCAUUAG